GCUGUUUGGGGCUUUUAUUAUGAUAACCGGAAGUUCCGAGGGUCUGUAACACCAACUCAAGCUGAAAGUGUUGUCAUCGGUCGUUUUUCUAACGUGACUCAUUUGUUUGUUUACAAUCAUUUGACGCGCCGUCUUCGCACCCUGAGCACGGACCUGACGCGUUAACACACUUAUUGCCGCUUCGUCGCAAUAAACUAUUUCGAAGCGACUCCGUGGACCCGAGGGAACAAUCUAUGCAGAGAUUGUAUAUUUGAGAGAUGGGCUCAGAGAACUCUGACCACUUUGGACCAGCGGUGGUCCUUGUUGACGAAGACGAGCAAGAAGUAGGUGGUCUAAUCAACUCAGACGGGGAAGAAGUGGAGUUCUCUGAAGUCAGAGUAAAUCCCAUCUCAGGUAUCGUACCUGCAGAGACUCCCUCCAAGAAAUUGAUUCAGAGCGAGAGUGAAAAGCUAGCAUCCCUCCACAGCUGCUCGGUUUGUGGAAAAGACUUUCCUUAUGCCUCUAAGCUUCAGCGACAUCUGCGCACUCACUCGGGAGAGAGACCCUUCCCUUGCUCCAUGUGUGAAAAGAGAUUUCCAGAGAAAGGGCUCCUGAUGAUCCACGAAAGGGUCCACACGGGCGAAAAGCCGUUCCCGUGCACUUUCUGCGCCAAGAGGUUUGCCAGUCAGGGGGAGCUGCGGCUCCACCGACGGACUCACACGGGCGAGAGGCCCUACCACUGCUCCAUCUGCCUGAAGAGCUUUUCUCGACACUGGCACUUGAAGACGCACCUGGAGGCGAUGCACUGUGAGGUAGUCGCGGGCUUCUCAAGGAAGAAGUUCCCAUGCUCGGACUGCGUGAAGAGCUGCAACUCUGCGGCCGAGCUGAGGGACCACCAGCGGACUCACACUGGAGAAAGGCCCUUCCAGUGCUCAUUCUGUGACAAACGGUUCGCCUUGUCUGGAACACUGGUGAGGCACGAGCGCCUCCACACCGGUAUCACCCCCUACCACUGCUCCGACUGCGGCAAGACCUUCGCACAGCAGUGGACGCUCACCACGCACAUGAGGACUCACACAGGAGAGAAGCCAUAUAGCUGCUCUCAGUGUGACAAGUCGUUUGUUGCUCCUGGGGAGCUCCGGAGGCACACCAGGAUCCACACAGGAGAGAAACCAUACACCUGCGGUGACUGCGGACGGCACUUCUCGUUAGCGGGAACUCUGAGAAACCACCGGCGGUCGUGUACGUCAAGCAAGAGCGAGUCAGUCCCUGAUGUCAUCUUGGGAGCGAGUCGAGCAUCGGCAGAUGAGUCGUACCUGGAGGACCAGGCUAACCCCAUCAUCUGUGAGGUACCUGAAAGCAAGACCUUCCCAAAUGCUGCUGAGCCUACUUCCUCAAAGCGUCCUAACUGUGUCACAUCGCCUCAGCCAGAAGUUAUCCUGAGGACAAUGGAAAACCCUUCAGAGAACCAUGUUUCCACUCCCCAUGUGAACGUUAUAGUGAAACAGGAAGAAGAGGAGGAACCUUUAUACGAGGAAACUCCAGACCACACAUCAGAUGGGGAGAAUUGUGAGACUCCGGAAGAAAAUGAAGAGCUGCAUCAGCAAAGCAACAAAGAGAUUAGGAUUACAGUAAAAGAUGAAGAGGAGGGGUCAGUAAACGAAAAUCCAGAUGCUGACAAAGACGUUGAAAAACGCGGUCUUCCGACGUCGCCUGGGGAAAAGCAAAGUCAAAGCAACUCGAAGAGUUCCUACUGCUGCGGGCUCUGCGGAAGAGACUGCCACAAGAUGUCGGCGCUGCAGAUCCACAUGCGCAUUCACUCAGGCGAGAAACCCUACCAGUGCUCCCUCUGCGGGAAACAGUUCACACAGAAAGGUCAACUAAAAGGUCACUUUAAAGUCCACACGGGAGAAAAGCCAUAUUCCUGUCCGGACUGCGGCAAGAGCUUCGCCCACUCAGGCGCCAUGAACCGACACCGGCUCACCCACACGGGUGAGAAGCCGUACCACUGCUCUGUGUGCGACCGCAGCUUCAACCAGUCUGGCCGACUGAGGGAACACGAAAAGAUCCACCUGGGGGAGAAGUUCGACUGUCCUGAGUGCGACAAGAGCUUCACGCGCGCUUCCAGCCUCAAAAACCAUGUGAGGCUGCACACCGGUGAGAGGCCGUACGGCUGCGACGUCUGUGGGCGGGGCUUCAGCCGCUCGCAGAGCCUCAGGCUCCACAGGAGGAAACACUUUGAGACCGAGGGAACCUCUCCGGCCGCCACCAAGAAUGACGACUUCUACGAGAGCGACAAUAACUCCCCCAUUAAUAUGUGCAUAACGGAGAAAAAUGACUAAAAAAAACUAUUUAUUUAACCAGAUAUAUAUUGGUAGUGUUUAGUACGAGAUCAAAGUCUGUAAAACUGAGAAAGUGGAAAGUAGCGACUUACCUCUGUGAAUUUAUUGUUACCUAUCUGUGAUGCUUCUAUACAUUAUAAAAAGUGUUAAAAACUAAAAUAUUUAUCUCUGAAGUGUACAAACAGCCUUAUGAACAGAAACACAGCUGUGGUCUGUGCUACCAAGCAGGAUUAGCUGCUCAUCAAGAAACACGAAUCUGGGUUACACCUUACCUGGGUUCAGUACUAUUUAUUUAUUUAUUUCACCUUUUAUCCAUAGGAGGGAAUUUAUACUGAAACAAGUCAAUGUCAUUUAAAAAUUAAAAACAAAAAUACUUCUUUCCUCUGGUUUUCUGAGAUGCACCAUUUGACUUCGUUAUCGUGUAAAAUUGAUUUUUAAGUUUUUAAGUUCUUUUUAAGUUCUGGAUGUACAAUGAUUUAAACUUUCCUUCCCUCUGAAAAAUUCAACCCCUUUAUUUACAUAAUUUUUUUUGCUUAUCUUGUUUAGUAGUAAAAAAAAAAACACUAUAAAUUUUUGGUGAUUUAAAUGUUUUUUAAAAUUAUUUUUCUUUAUUUUUUUUGUCCUGUAAGAACUUUUGCCUCGACGAUUUUGGCUCGUGACAAAAACUUCGGACACUCCCGCCAUAACCUGCUUUUCCUCUUUCAAACGCAAAACCUCGCAGUGACACACGUUCCUGCGGGACUGGAAUUUUUAUUAUUAUUUGUGCCUUAGAACAUAGGUGCUGUAAGAUGUUAAUGGUUUAAAACCCAAAUUAUUAACUUCAACAAAGAAUUUACACCUUCUGUCUCCAGCAACCUUCACAAACCGUCACCAGUACGGUCCAAACCCCGACCCCCGAAAUCCUGCCCCCAUUGUCGGACUGAAGUGCAUUUCUAACUAGAUCAUCUGUUUUUAUUUGUUGUUUAUGUCAAGAGAAAAAGAGAUCGAUCACUAAGUGAUAUCAGCAUUGUUAUAGCUGAUUAAGACAGAUUUCUUAAAGAAACCUCUGAUAUGUCAAACCUGCUUUAUAGUACAGGCCUCAGUUGUGUUCAGAGUUUUAACAGUAUGUGUUUAAUAAUUUCGUUCAGUAUUCUUAUAACGGCUCAUAUUUACACACAGAAAUGUAUUGAGGACGCUGCAUGUUCUAUCCAGAAUGUGAAAAUAACAACAUCUCAAUGCAGAAAGUAAAGAAAGUGGAUUAUUAGUUAAAAAAAAAAAAAUUAAGUGUUUACAUAUUUCCUUCUACGCAAAAGUUUUCUGAAGAUUCAGUUUUCCUCUGAACCUGAACGAAUGUUUCAUAAUAAUAUUUAUUUGUAUAACCGCCGAUUCUCUUAAAACGACUGGAGUCGAAGUGACUUCGUCCUGAACAGGUGACCGUGAUCGGACACGUUCCAGAGUUCGUUUCGCCUCUGCAGCAGCACGUUUAGUGGCGGCCCACAUGUUUUCAUCUGGAUUAAGCUCCGGAAUCUGGGCUGACGUUUUCAUAACGUUAACCUGGUUAGUUUGGGACCAAAACGCCGCUGCUUUACUGCUGCUGUUGAAACUUUUGCCUUUAGGGAAUUUUCUCUUUCCUCUUGGCCUAAAGUAACAUGACGUCUUCGGUUCUUUCAGUGUUUUUAAACUGAUCAGUAACCUCUGGAAUUUGAUGAAUAGGUCUGACGACACAGAAUAAGAAGCAUGACCACAGCAUGAUACCUGAGUCACCAUGCUUUAAUGUAUGGUAACCAAAACUAAUUGUUUGAGGACUUGGAUCCAAAAGGAGGAGUCUUGUUAUUUUUCAACAAAAUGUUGCACCAAUUCACUUUAGGACAGUCAGUCAGUUUGUUCUUGGGCAAAUUGCAACCUGCUCGCUAUUUUUCCCCCCCAAUAAUUUAACUUUUAGGCACUAGUUUUCUUGCCAAAACCUUCUUCACAUCUUGGUCUUGUCAUUUUUAAGGUACAAUAUAUGUGAACUCUGAAGUUUUCCAACGUUUUUGCCAUUUUGGCAAUUCUUUGAUCCAUUCAAAUGGCAUCUUUCUGUUUUUUUCCUGGUCUUUUAUGUCACAGCAUAUUAGAGUCACUGGAAAAAAGGAGUAAAUAUUUACCCCAAAAAUCUCUGUCCUUUUCUAAAAAAAAAAGUAACUUUCUGCAAAAAAAAAAAAGGAAAUUUCCUAGUUUGAAAAGUCAAAAAAAAUUUUUUUUGUUUUUUAUCAAUCUCAAAAUUUCGGAGGGUUUUUUCAAGCAAAUAUUUGGCUUUUCUAGUUGAGAAACGUCCUUGUUAUAGCUCAAAAAUUUCUGAGUUUUUUUGGCGGACAUUUACUCCUUUAUUUUCUACACUGUGUCAUACUUUUAGGCUCUAGUUUUCGUUUUUCACAUCUUUAUAUACUUUCACCUCUCCAGUCAGCUUUUUAUUCUAAGUCUGGUGUUUGAUUCAUAGGGAUUCUCCUAUUACCAACAUGUCCUGCCUCACUUUGAAUUAAUGAUUUAAUUAGACAGAAUUAGCAACAUGCAACCUAUGUUGCUAUGUUGGUUUUCUACUCUACAACACCUACAACUGCAUUACUCUCCAUGCAGAAUGCUGCUUUAUGUCUGUUAGUGAUACUAUAGAACUGAUAUUAUUUUGAACACGUCUGUGAUUUUCUGCAACUAAUACGCUCAAAAUCAGCUCUCACUGCAAAUGCAAAGUUUCAUGUUGCAAAGUCUCAUUUAUUCUAAUUUACUGUUUUCUUGUGUUUAGAGUGGUCGGUGACUCAUAUCAAUUUUUAAUGUGAACAUGGAACAGAUAAGUUAAUUUGUUGGGUUUUACAGUGGACAUUAGCUCAUUUUGCUUUUAAAAUAAAAAAUGAAUGGGCUUUUUAAUCUUGGUUUUAAAAAGUCUAAAUUUGAAUGUUUUCAGUACAAUAAGGACCAAAUGCGUAUUCUUGAUUAUUUAAUGACUCUUUUGUGUAUAAGAAAAUGCAUCAUUAUUACAUGUGUCUUUAAAAUGAUGAGACGUCACUGAGAGAAAACACUUAUUAUAAGGUCUGAACUGAUUAAACAGUUCAAGAAUCCAGAUAUGUUUGUGUUAAGAAGACAAAAGAUUGUCCUGUGUGUCACGUACUCCUUCUAACAGCUAAACAAUUUUGUGAAAUGCUUCAAAUUUGCUCUAUAACGUUUGAUUCGCGUCUAUCAAAACAGCCAACCAACAGUGAACAGAAUACUGUCACCAAAAGGAUGCAUUAUCCAAAGAGGAAAUGAUUUUCAUGCUGUGUUGAUGGUGGAUAUAUUUACUGAUGUAGCUGUAUCAGAUGUGUUGCCUUACAAUAAAAGUAUUUAACAUUG